AUGUCUAUCCCACUACUACCUGAAACAUUCGCCCAAAUCCCCCGCUAUAAGAUUCUAUACUCUAAUCCAUCUCCCAUUCACCCUUUAGCCUCAAUUUCACCGCCAAGAGUCUCCCCGCACCAUCCCCUCAUCACCAUCCACGCGAAACGAGAAGACCAUUCCUCCCCACUAGCCUGCGCAGGAAACAAAUAUCGCAAACUAGAAUACAUAGUCCCAGAUAUCCUCUCCCAAACACCCCUCUAUCACAGCCAUGAGAACAACCCAACACCCCCAGGCCCGCUACAAGGCGCAGCAACAACCCUUGUAACGGAGGGCGCAAUUCAAAGCAACCACACCGUGCAAGUUGUUGCUCUCGCACGUAAACUAGGACUACAAGCCCUGAUCCUGCUACACCGCGGCACAGGCGGCGGGCUCGCAGCAGCCAGCGAUAAGGAAGCGUUCCAACGCAGCGGAAACGUGCAAAUCAAUCACCUUCUCGGUGCGGAGGUUCGCGUCUGUGAAGAUGGUGACCCGCUAGCGCGGGAUGCAACGCCUCUGCUGGAUGAGUUGAGAGAGGCAGGGCGGAACCCGUAUUGGAUCCCUGGUGGCGCAAGCUUGCACCCGCUUGGUGGGCUGGGGUAUGCGCGGGCGUCGUUUGAGAUUGCUGCGCAGGAGGAGGAAUUGGGACUUGGCGGUUCGGGGAGGUUUGAUUACAUCUUUGUUGCGUGUGGAAGUGGGAGUACGGUUGGUGGGUUGGUGGCAGGGUUCAAGCUGCUGGAGAAGGUUAGGGGGUUGGAUGUGUCGAAGACGAUUGGGGAGACGAGGAAAGUUGUUGGGAUUCUUAAUUCGCCGACUAAACCACGGGAGUAUCAUGAGGAGCGAGUGCUUGCUUUUGCGCGGAGGGCGGGCGAGUUGAUUGGGCUUGAUGGGGAGCGGGAUAUUGGAGUUGAGGAUGUGAGGCUUGAUGAUCGGUUCGUUGGGACUGCAUACGGUGUUCUUGAUGGCGAGAGUAAACAGGCUCUAGAAACUAUGGCGCGGACGGAGGGUAUGGUGCUAGAUCCGGUUUAUACAGCCAAGGUUGCAAGAGGCAUGAUGCAUUGGGUGAACGAGGGAGAAGUUGCGGGUUCUGAUAAACCCUUGAAGCAGGUGAAUGUGUUGUUCAUUCAUACAGGUGGACAGGCUGCUCUAGGAGCUUAUGCGGAUGUCAUAUAA